AAUUUUCCAUUUGGUGCUAAUAACUGAAGUGGUGAGUCCUUAGUUUUUGUCAAAUGAGACAUACGGUAUAUUCAUAUGAAAUGCAGCACACUUUUUGAACGAAUGUGAUUUGAAAUGAUGUAACUUGUGUUAUACAAAGGACCACAAAAGGCUAUACAUAAGUGGAAUACAUAAAGCUAAUGAUUCCUGAUUUGUUAAUAGAAUGUGCAGGAUUAGUUUCAGACUAUUUUUUUCUUUCAUGUUGGUGUUUAACUAUACUUACUUUGCACCAUGAAGGCUAUUGUCAGGGAGCCUAUAGAACAUGAAGGUGGGGAGCUGUUGAGUUCAGAAUGAGCAAUAACUGCUUUAAUCAGAACUAUGACAUUACUCUUGGUGCUACAAAGAAGUAUGUAGUCCAAGAACUGAGAGGACACAGAGUAAACAUCAGCUUUCUUCCUCUUCAUUGGCCCCAGUGAUGCUAUUAGUGACACUCCGUUGCAGAGUUUGAUUUAGUCUGUGGUACCAUAUGUAAAUGUAUGUCUUGUCUGUUGCAUGAUGUCACAAGUAUGUAAUUUGACUGACUGAUAUAUAUUAUAUAUGAGAAUUUAGUUGUCACUCGUACCUGAUGAAGCAAGUAAACCAAGAAAUAUUUUGCUCACAUUUCAAAGGGGAUUAUGUAAAUGAAUAAAACUAUUAACUCAUGAAAUGGUGAGUUAUAUGGUAUUAAGGGUGAUGCAGAAAAUCUUUGAGUGUAUAAGCCACAAUGUUCUGUAACUCUUAGACAUUGCUGGCAGAGUACAUUGUGUGACCAGUAGUUUGCUAAGUAAUGCAGUUUGUUUAAGAUAUUUAUAAUACAAUACGUUAAUACAAAGGCUGAAUAGGAAAAAAAAAUAUCAAUGCAUUAUGAUCCAGUUUUGUUCUUUGUAAGCAUCAAAUUCUCCUCUGCAUUGAAACAUUUUGAUUUAUGAUUCCUUCUGCCAUGUUGUCUUUGGUUCCUCCAGUUACCAGUGGAUUAAUAAUGCAGUUAGAACAUUCAAAAUGAAUAUGACUUCUACAUUCUUUAUUUAUCUUUUGGUAUUCAGCAAAUAUCACAGUGAAGAUGUGUGCAUUUUCAUUGUUUAUAUUUAUCUGUGAGCACUGAACUGAUAUGGUAAAGAAACUCAUUUCGUAAUUUGUGCAUGAUGACUUAUGAUAUGAUAAUGUAAAAACAACCAGAAAGAAGUUGACACAAUGUGUAAAGCCUUUUAAAAGCCCACCGCCCUAAAAAUAGUUAUAUUCAUCUGAGUGUCAUACUACAUGUACACUAGUAAUGCUGUUUCCUUUGCAGGUGUGAGUCCACAGCUGCUUGAUGGAGAUUCUGUACUGUUUAGGGGAAUUUCCCAGUGGUCCCCAGUUGUGAAAGCCAGAAGCUUUGCUUGUGCCCGCUGUCACAAUGCUUAUACUCGCCGAGACAACCUGAUGCGUCACAUCCGAUUUGAAUGCGGUGUAGAACCACAGUUUGAAUGUCCCAUAUGCUACAAAAAAAUGAAGCACAAAUUUUCAAUGAUUAAACACAUGAAAAACCAUAACAGGAUUAGAAAUUUACAGCAAGUAAAUUUUUUGUGUGAAUCCACAGUUGUUGGAAGGAGACUCUGUAUUGUUUCAAGGAAUUUCUCAAUGGUAUCCAGAUGUAAAAGCCAGAAGUUUUACUUGUGCUCGUUGUCACAAUGCCUAUACCCGCCGACACAACCUGAUGCGUCACAUUCGAUUUGAAUGUGGUGUAGAACCACAAUUUGAGUGUCCUGUAUGCCACAUAAAAAUGAAACACAAAUUUUCUUUGAUUAAACACAUGAAAAAGCAUAACAGGAUUGACAAUUUACAGCAAGUAAAUUUUUUGUGAGAGAUGAACCAGUUUUUUUUUGUAAUAUAUUAUGCUAUUGUAUAUU